AUGUUUGUUUCGAGGUUCAAAAUAAUAACAUCAAUUGAAGAUAAUGUAGAUAAAAUAUGUUUAUUGUUGACUUGUAAAAAGUUGUAUAAUAAUAGUAGUUUAAAGAGAUCGAUUCAGUUUAAAGGAAUAGGAGGACCAAUCACUAAAAAAGGAUAUAUAUCACAACAGUUUAAAGCAACAAUCAAUCGAUUCAAACUCAAAUCAUUUAAAGAUAUAAUGUCUUUGAAACUAUGUACCAACGCUGUAAACUCUCUCAUCAACUUGGAUCUAACGAGAUUCGUUUCACUCACAAAAUUUACAUGUGGUGGUUUGUUGUCAAAUAUCGGUCCAGGUAGAUUCCCAAUCAGUAUAACAUCACUCAAUAUCAGAUCUACUGAUAUGUUACCACGAGAUACAUUCCUUUCAUUGACAUCACUUGUCACCCUCAAGAUCCAACUACCAACCACGCGCACCCACAAUGUCACCGAUCAACUACCAUGCAUCGAUCUAUUCAAUCUAAACAACCUCACAACAUUCAGGAUAAAUUAUUUCUCUCAAGACCCAAAAUACAACAUCGAGAUUAAAGUACCUCCAUCAAUCAAGAUACUUUAUCUCGAGUCCAAAAGCAUUCGCAUUCCAUCACGAUAUGAAAUGCCACUGUUGGAGGAUUUAUAUGUUAACCAACACUUAUUGAUAGAUGGUAAAGUUAUAUUCCCAGCAUCACUUACACAUCUAAACAUCUUGGGUAUCUACAUCGAAUCUGUACAACUCCCUCAAUCACUAAUCAAACUAAAACAGAGAAUUGAUGAAUCCUCACUUCCACAGCAAUUGAAAAAAUUACAUUGGAAAGCCAAAUUUACCAAUCUAAUCUUUCAAUCCUUCUAUCAAUCUUCCAACAACAACAAUGAUAACUAUCCACCUCAUCUUGAAACACUCAACUUUUUUGAUAUUCAAGGUGACUUUAAAAUCAACAUACCACCAAUCACUAAAAAUCUAUCAAUAUCGUUGAAUCCUAACCUUGACUCGGAUGACCCUCAAAUCUAUUCAAUCUCUACUAGGAUCAAUAAACCUACAAUCGAUCAAUCGCAAUGGUUACCAAUCAAUACUACUCAUCUAACUUGCUUCCUCAAAGAUUCAAGAUAUAACAAGAUGAUGGCAUUUAGAUUAGAUGAAGUAAUCAAUCACACCAAUGUUAGAUAUUUAACUCUUUCUCUUUACAACUCAAAAUUACAAUUUUCAAUUCAAAGAUUGGAUCCUGAAAAAAAGAGUGUAUUGGUAUUGGAAAGACAGACACUGACAGGUGGAAUAAUUACUCAAAGAAAAUCAAUCAACAAUCAACAACAAUAUGAUCCUAUUUAUUUAUAUUAUGACUACACUUCUCCAUUUGAAUUUUAUUGGAAAUUCUGA